CAAGUACCAAGCUGGGUCAAGAUACCUCAGAGGGAAGACUGGGGGUUUAUUUCCCCCAAGCCAAAGUUUUCUUUGUUUCUCUCUGUAAAAACCCAAGAAACACCAAACAAACUCCGCAUCAAGCCUGCAGGAUUCCCUUCCAAAAUUUUGACUACCUGGGACACGUGGUCUGCUCCUCAACAUUUUUCCAUUUUGUAUCUUCUUUAGUUAGUGGCCACUGGUGGAAAUUGCAAGGGAGAAAUGAAUCUCCUCAGGAUUGGGGCUUGGAGAAACAAUGACAUUUCUCUGUGGCUUCUGGAGCUCAACAUCUUCUUGGGACUCGGUUCGAAUAGCUGUCAGGCCAGCGCCAUUUGGACAGCAUACAUGAACAUCUCGUUUCAGGUAGGAAACCGGAUAUUGUCGGAGCUGGGGGAGAUCGGAGUGUUUGGAAGAAGCUCCACGUUGAAGCCGGUAGCUGGAGUUGUCGUGCCACCCGAUGGAAGAAACCAAAACGCGUGUAACCCUACGACAAACUUCAGCCAUCCACCGGACCCAGAAAUGUGGCUGGCCCUCAUAGAGCGGGGAGGCUGCACCUUCACCCAGAAAAUCAAGGUGGCAACAAGCCAGGGUGCUGGCGGGGUCAUCAUUUAUAAUUUUCCAGGAACGGGGAACCAGGUGUUUCCCAUGGCCCACCAGUGGGUGGGGGAAGUGGUGGUGGUGAUGAUCGGCAACCUAAAAGGCACGGAGCUUUUGAAUUUGAUUCAGAAAGGUGUCCAUGUCAGGAUGACCAUCCAGGUCGGCAGAAAGCACUUCAUCUGGAUGAACCAUUACUUCCUGUCCUUCAUCAUUGUUUCGCUCAUCACUUUGUCCUACUUCGUCAUUUAUCACCUGAGGAGGCUGUGGAUGGCGAGAGUCCAGAUCCGGAGGUGGCGCCAGCUUGCCACGAACCUCAAGAAGUCCGUUGGGCAGCUUCAGUUGCGGACCCUGAAGGAGGGGGACGAAGAAACGAGCCCCAGCGGAGAUAGCUGUGUGGUGUGCUUUGAAGCCUACAAGCCUAAUGACACGGUGCGAGUUUUGGUCUGCAAGCACUUUUUUCACCAGACCUGUAUUGACCCCUGGAUCUUGUCUCACGGAAUGUGCCCCAUGUGCAAGUGUGACAUCCUCAAAGCAUUAGGGAUCGAGAUUGAGAUCGAACGCCGAUCUAGUUCACUGCGCGUCCUGAUGUCCAGCGAGAGCCCUGGUGCCACUGCUCCCAACCAAGGGGAGAGUUGUGAUGAGCACACUUCUGGAACAAGCCGCAAUAAACAUGGGAUGGCUGGGGGGGACCUCUCUUCGGAGAACCCCGAUCCAGCUGGUACUGUGGCUGUGGUGGUCCAUUCUACACUUUGAUUGCCUGGCCUAUGACCAAGUGGAUUUAAACUUGUAUGUUGUCAGAUCUGAUCUUAAAU